AAAAUGUUUGGGGGCCUUCGAGGGGCUACCAUAGUGGAUGCCUUAGAUACUCUGUACAUCAUGGAGCUUGAGGAGGAAUUCCAAGAAGCGAAAAGCUGGGUGGAGAAGAGCUUUGAUUUGAAUGUGAAUGGAGAAGCUUCCUUGUUCGAAGUGAACAUUCGUUAUGUCGGAGGGCUGUUGACGAUGUACUACCUAACCGGUGAAGAGGUAUUCAAGAACAAAGCUCUAGAACUUGGAGAGAAACUUCUACCAGCCUUUAACACCCCGACUGGUAUCCCACGGGGUGUCAUAAGUCUGGGCAGUGGCAUGAGCUGGAGUUGGGGCUGGGCCUCUGCAGGAAGCAGUAUCUUAGCAGAAUUUGGCACCCUGCAUUUAGAAUUCCUGCACCUCUCGGAGCUCUCUGGAAACCCAGUGUUUGCAGAAAAGGUGAUGAACAUCCGCAAAGUCCUGAACAGAAUUGAGAAACCACAGGGCCUGUAUCCUAACUUUCUCAGCCCGGUCACUGGGAACUGGGUACAGCACCACGUCUCCGUGGGAGGCCUGGGGGACAGCUUUUAUGAAUAUCUGAUCAAAUCCUGGCUGAUGUCAGACAAGAGAGACACUGAAGCUAAAAAGAUGUAUAAUGAUGCACUUGAGGCUAUAGAAAAACAUUUGGUUAAAAAAUCUGCUGGAGGAUUGACCUACAUUGCAGAAUGGAGAGGUGGCGUCUUGGAUCACAAAAUGGGCCAUUUGGCUUGCUUCUCUGGUGGCAUGAUAGCCCUUGGAGCAGAACAAGCAGCGGAAGAGAAAAAGCAACAUUAUAUGGACCUAGCUGCAGAGAUUACUCACACGUGUCAUGAAUCUUAUACACGCUCAGAUACCAAGCUUGGCCCUGAAGCUUUUCGCUUUGAUUCUGGAACAGAAGCCAUGGCCACCAGACUCAGCGAGCGCUAUUACAUACUGCGCCCUGAAGUGGUAGAAAGCUACAUGUACAUGUGGAGGCUGACCCAUGAUCCGAAAUACAGACAGUGGGGUUGGGAAGUUGUAAAGGCACUGGAAAAAUAUUGUAGAGUAGAAGCAGGCUUCUCUGGGAUCCGAGAUGUUUAUACCACCACCCCAAGCCAUGACAACAUGCAACAGAGUUUUUUUCUGGCAGAGACAUUAAAGUACCUGUAUCUUCUGUUCUGUGACGAUGACGUGCUGUCUCUGGAAGACUGGGUAUUCAACACGGAAGCCCACCCACUGCCGGUGAACCACACAAACAUUAAAGCUAAAGCAAGCAUGCAAUAAUGAUACUGUUACUCAAACUCCCUACUUCGGUGGCACUCUAUAGCGGGUUCCUGCCUUUCCUUUCCAUUAAAGGAAUUAGCGAUGUUCCUAAAAUGGUGUUUUGGGAGCACUGGUCCAAUUCCGGACAGUAUUAUACUGGGGAGAAUAAACUGUGACAUGAGCACCUUGUUUUCCUCUAUGAGGAGAUCUAUUAGCCUGGUCACAAGAUGUUAAUUCUGGGCCAUAUUGUAAACAGAUCAUGGACAUUCCUUUAUACAGAGAAUUUAUAUGAAAUCCACUGACUUUGUUUUCUAGUGGCCAAAGGAUUGGAAGUUUGCCAUACAAUCGACUUUUCCCCCUUGUUCUUCCUUUCAUUUUUCGUUUUGAUUUUUGCCUUUUAUAUACAGUUGGAUUUUAUCAUAUUUUUAAUUACAGUUUUCAAUAUACUGUGCUUUCUACGUGGUGUCAACAUUGUAACUAAAACAAAAAAUGUCUGCAAAAUUCUUGACCCAAAUGUAUUUUUAUAUAUUGUUUCCUGUGCUCUUAAAAACAUAUUUCCAGUAUAUUGCAUCACAUGUAACUUUCCUUUAUAAUGUUUGUGGUUUUCUACUUUUAUUUGGAACUAAAUGCUAUGAGUCACUUGUAAUAAAUUGCACUGCUGUAAUAUUCAAAUCUGUGAAAUAGAAUAAAAGGUCUUGUAAAA